AUGUUCCAUAACACGUUCCAAAGUGGACUGUUAUCUGUCCUUUACAGUGUCGGUAGCAAUCCUCUACAAUUAUGGGACAAACAGGUAAAGAAUGGGCACAUAAAACGAGUCACAGACGAUGAAAUUCAGUCACUUAUUAUCGAGGUAAUGGGAGCCAAUGUCAGUACCUCAUACAUCUCAUGCCCUCAUGAUCCAAAGAAAACGCUUGGUAUCAAAUUACCGUAUUUCGUGAUGGUUGUGAAAAAUAUGAAGAAAUAUUUCACUUUUGAAGUUCAGAUUCUAGAUGAUAAGGGCGUGAAACGUCGCUUCAGAGCCUCAAAUUAUCAGUCGAGUACACGAGUGAAGCCAUUUAUUUGUACUAUGCCGAUGCGACUUGACGAGGGAUGGAAUCAAAUUCAGUUCAACCUCGCUGACUUCACCAAACGUGCUUACGGCACAAAUUACGUAGAGACUUUGCGGAUUCAGGUCCAUGCAAACUGUCGCCUUCGUCGAAUUUACUUUGCUGAUCGAUUAUAUAAUGAAGAUGAACUGCCCGCUGAGUUCAAAUUGUAUCUACCAAUUCGUGGGCGAACUAGUGGCCAGUAA